AGGAAAGCUAGGCUUCCUGUGUGAUGGAGUGGUGGAUGAAUGGAGGAAGAGGGGGAUGGGACAGAGAGGAAAAGACAGACACAAAGAGAGACUGAUGGGGAUGAGGUGACACUCCUGUGCACGCACUGAUUCAAGAGUGUUUGUUAUCACUGGUGUUUUUUGCUCGACAGGUAUGGGAAGCUGUACGGGCAACCGAAGAUUAUCGAUCUCUGAAGAUAGAAAACUUUUUUUUGUCUCCUGUACCUUAGAAAAAUCUUGUACCAUGUCAGCAAACUUUACGGGGAGUAGCCUGAUGUGCUACUGGGAUAGGUUUAAAGCAAAUAAUACAUUUUGUGAGUACACACAAGCCAGUUUUUGGACUUGGCCUGGACCUGGAUCAAGGUACUUUCACAUGCAUGCCAUACAGUCUUUCUUAUUUUGUUCUUCAGUUUGUGUUGGGACAUGAUGAGCAACGGGAUGAUCAGCACAUGCCAUGGAAACCAGCAGAGAGUUAAAGUGCUUCAGUGGUGGAUCCGCACUGGUGAUUUCACUAGAUGCUUUGAACUGGCACUCUAAAAGGAGAUGCAGUGACAAAAAACUCAAGAAACGGGAUGAAGAGCUCCAGUUGCGAUUAUCCUCAGGUCAGAUCAUCCAAGCUGAUGAAGAACCACAGCCGAUUGUUGACCGAAGAGGAAACCCAGUCUUCCAGUUAUGGAGGAACACUGAUGUGGUAACACGUUCACCACAUCUUUCUCUCUCUCCUCAACCUGUUUGUCUUCUGGAAGAGCCUGUGCAACACUCCCCAUUUACUUUUCUAGAUUCUUUUGUCACAGAUUCCCCAAUGGAGGCCCCCUGGACAAGACAUUUUUUAAAUAUGCAGGACAGUUUCAGUUUGAUCACAAAGGAUUUCAAUAUGGUGACCCGGCAGGAUACUGUUACAAUGGAUCAGCACGACUUUAUCAUUUUCUGUGACAUAUGCUACAUUCAGGAUUGUAGAUCAUUCAUAGGGAAUACUGGCUGCCAUGUCAGUGACAACUACAAUGUGUCAAGUGACAUGAAAAACUCCAAUACCCACUCGCCCUGUGAUCCCAACAGCAGCAACUUCGUGGAUGAUCAUAGUGAAACGGUUAACAAAGACAGAUUCUCUGUAGGUAAUGUUAAAAGCCUUUUAAAAGCCUGUCAAAACUGCAGUCAUCCAGGAGUACUACCUAGAAGGAACAGGAAUGAGAAACUGAAGAAGACAGUGUCCUUUGAUGAUGAUGUCAUGGUCUACCUGUUUGAUCAGGAGAGUCCCACCUCUGAGUUGCCCUCUGAGUUGCCCGCUGAGCUGCACACAUCUCUGCCAAGCAGCUGUUCCUGCAGCCUACCAGAUGUCACAUUAGAAGAUAAUGGCUUGGAGUGGGAAGACGACUUCUCUGCUCUGGAGCUGAACUGCCAUUUUCAGUGUGUCAGACACUCUCAGCACUACACUUUCCCCCUGCCAACACAGAGCUGGACUCCUCUGUCGCAAAGCUGCCUGUUCCUCACCCAUGUCACUGACUCAGAUCUUGAGUCAUAAAAUAAAGGGUCAGAAACAGACAUAUACCCACACACACACACACACACUGAGUUGUACGUGCCGACUUUAAUACACACUGGCAAUAAUACGCAGCCUUUCUAUCACACUGUCUGCUGUCAGCCAAAGGUCACCCUGCUGUCACCAUGGCCCAAUGUGACAUCCACACUUGUUUUUCUUUCAGACAGCCAGCCUUGCUCCAAUGGAAAAACUGACUAAUUGUCCAGAUCUCAUCCUCUUCACCUCCCUCUUCUUUUUAUGACGAGUCAGGGAUUUUAAUGGACUGGCUGUUUUUCUCUCUCUGCCCCAGAUGGAUUCAAAGCACCUGCUGUUCAUGACAUCACAGCCAUGCAGGACUGACAGUUCGCUUAGCUUUCACAGUUGUUAGUAUGACAAGAUCACUGCCUAUGAUGGGAGUUACAUAACAGAGCUGGUACCUUUCCAGCUGCAAACCUCUUUGGAGGCCACUCUUUGUGCCAGCCAGUGUCCUUGGACCUGAGCUAUGAGACAGACAUGUUGUCAAUUCCAACUUGAGUUUAACAAACUGUCAUCUGUGCUCUGAAAUCUCAUUCUAUCCUUAAGCAUUCUUGUUGAGACAAAGUAUAUGGUGUUUAUACAGUUUGUUUUGCUCAAACAGCAUGCUUGUGGAGGCCCUGUUUGCUUGCUUCAUUACUGGAGUGUAUUCAGCUCAGAAUUUAUCAGCCGCUGUGACUAAAUAAACAGUUUAAGCCUUAGGGCCAGUGGAAGCAGAAACUGAACAAACUAAAAGUAACAGAUAAAGCUGCUACAGAAAGGUUUGGUUGAUUAGAUACAGUGUACCUGAGGAGGAAACCCGGCAGGACCAGUCUUAGUGCUCUCUCUCUUUCACACACACACACACACACACACACACACACACACACACACACACACACACACACACACAAGCUGCUCAAGGACACCAAAAUCACAAACACCACAAAGUGGGAGCUUCACACCUGCACAUUUUUAUGUGUUUAACACCAGUGCUGCUCAUGGCAAUAUAGUUGCAUGUAACUGGUGUGGUGUUUGUGCAAAUCCAUAAAAUGCACUUCAGGAUAACUGUACAGUAAAGUUUGCAUUUAUUAUUUCCUAGGUAUUUUCUCCUUUUUAUUGCAGCAAAGUUCACACAUGUGCUAUUAUAGGUUUUCCUUUAUGCUAACCAGCUUUAAAGUUGCUGCAAUUCAUUUGAAUUGUGUAGCACCAUUUUCUCUUUUAGCGGAAAUAGAACAAACAAAAAUAAUAAUGCAUAAAUAUUUAUCCCUUAUUAUUACACUGUUAUUUUAUUGUCUUGUGAAGCUGAACUCUUAAACUUUAUGGUUUUAAUAGGAAAAAGAGUAAACUAAUGAGGACACUUUAGUAAUGUCUUUUUGUUUAGUUCAGAAUUUCACAAAUUUAGACAUUAUAGUAAAAAUGUUGUAAAUAUCACUGGAAGAGCUUUAACCCAACUGAGUUCAGUCUACACCAU